AGUGGUGGUUGUUUUUGGUUUUCUGUUAUUGCGAGUUGUUAAAAAGUGGCUUGAAAUAUUCAAAUUAAAGUGAAAUUUGUUCUGUUAAUCAUCAAAAAGGGUGAUAUUUUUCAUUUAAACGUGAAAGAUGAUCAUCAUGGAUUUGUGGAACCAGCGGGAUCUUGUUCCACCGGUGUUAUUUACAUUUCAAUGUAAAACAAAACAUUGCAAAGACGAAAUUCGCGCCCUAUACAGCACCAUUCAGAACGCCUCAGACUACUUCACCAAUCAGCAGGGCUUCGAAAAGGCCGCCGCAUACGUUUCGCGAUUCACGGUCAAUUGGUCCAACCGCUUCUACAACAUGCACGGGUUCAGACUGUUCAAGCGGAUCAACCAGGCCCUGUUGCGGGUCCGCUCGGUUGACAUCGGUCGAAUACUGCUGAAUUUACUAAGCCUGCUGCCGGAGGGGACUUUUCUGACCAAAACAAUCGACUUGCCUACACUGGCAAAUCUGGAUUACCUGAUGAUUCGUUUGCAGGGUCUCUCGAAGCUGUUCUGCCACAUUGUGGCUAUAACUAGGGAAGCAGCACGGUAUUAUAUUCGUUUCAUAUCGACUGGGUAUUUCUUCAAUUUAAACUCCAUAUUUAUUUGUUUACUGGCCGAAGUUUGGUACAAAUCUCGAGAUAUUUGUACGAAAGUAGUUCACUAUUAUGAAGAGUUGUACCCUCUGAGAAACAUACUUCAGAACAAUGGUAAACCUUGGCCCACGAGCGGAGAUUGUGAUUUACCGAAAAGUUUGAGCAAAUGGCUUGGAGACGAUUGGGUGAAACUGAUUGAUAUAGAUGUAGAUAGCGGGGAGGGAAUUUUGAACAUCGGUACCGACAGUAGCUUGUUUCUGUUUCUGACUGGAGAUGACGAAGAUUUGGCUUCUGGGAAAAAAAUUGAUGCGGCUAUUGAAAAGAAGAUUGCCACGGGCGGAGUUGAAAGCUCAAAACCAAAAGAACUGCUGGUUCAGCGAAUAAAGGCUGACGAAGGAGAAGUUGUGAGGAGGGAUUCGAAACCUAAAGCGACAAAGACUGAUUUGAAGGUUGUUGAUAAUGUAAAGUCUAAGUUCGAUGUUAAGAAGUUUUUGGACGACGAGAAGAGAAAACGGCAGACUGAUAUAAACCAGGCAGUGACUGGGAAGGUUAAAGAUCAGGUGUUCAACGUGUUUGCCAAAAAUAUGCUGCGCGAAUUAAACCAAUUGCCUACGAAAGAGUUAGUCCAAAUGUUCAAAGAAGAACUUUCGAAGAUCAUUAGAGAUAAAACGCAAGCUCGAAAAACGACAAAUAAAUGAGAACGUAAAGUUUAUUACAGUAGAA